GACAAUGUGGUGGUUCCGGUAUUCAAUGACGCAAUGGCGAAAAAUGGAGAAACUUUCUGGAGCGUUUGAGGCACUGGGAAUGUCGCAUUCUGCAGAUCAGGUGACUACGUGGCAGCGCGUGCUAAAGGAAAUCACGGGAUUACGAGGCCAUGAGUAUACAAAUGAACUAAGCGAAGCGGCCGAACUAAUUGAAGAGAUCGCCAAGAAUGUAUCUGAGAAGCUCAAUCCAACGGAAAAUAUUACACGCGUUGUUACGAGUGCUAGAAAACUUGCUAUGCAAGCAACCAUGGGGCUUUCGUUCUAUAGGCAUUUUAGGCAACCCUGGGAUAGGCAAAACGACGUUUGCUGAAGCAGCCUUUCGAAGAAUGCACGAUGGCUAUGACGUUUUUCGCUUCAUCAUAGAAUCCAAUAACAAGACCAUUGAGCAUUUCUCUGAGGAAGACUUUCAAGAGAUCCUAAUGGAAACGUUUGACCUAAACAAUCAAGA